CUGCGAGGAGCCCGCUCUGCCCUCGCACGGAGCCCUGCCAGUGGGGCCGGAGGGGACCGACCGAUCACGGAGGGGCCCCGAGGAAGCCUGCAUGCGAGAUGCUCCACGCCCUGGGCAGCUGGAGGAGCAACUGUGCGUGCGCUGCGGAGGGCCGCCGAAUCAUGUCGAUGAGCCCAAAGCAUACGACUCCUUUCUCAGUGUCUGACAUCUUGAGUCCUUUGGAGGAAAGCUACAAGAAAGUGGGCAUGGAGGGCAGUAACUUGGGGGCUCCCUUGUCAGCCUACAGACAGUCUCAGGUUUCUCAGCCGGCCAUGCAGCAGCACCCCAUGGGCCACAACGGAACAGUGACUGCCGCCUACCAUAUGACAGCGGCAGGGGUCCCCCAGCUCUCCCAUGCUACGAUGGGGGGCUACUGCAAUGGGAACCUGGGCAACAUGAGUGAGCUCCCGCCUUACCAGGACACCAUGCGGAACAGCGCUUCGGCGACAGGAUGGUACGGCACCAACCCGGACCCCCGCUUCUCCUCAAUCUCCCGCUUCAUGGCGCCGUCCUCGGGCAUGAACAUGGGCGGCAUGGGCAGCCUCAGCUCCCUGGGGGACGUGAGCAAGAGCAUGGCCCCGCUCCAGAGCACGCCGCGGAGGAAACGGAGGGUCCUUUUUUCCCAGGCCCAGGUUUACGAGCUGGAGAGACGUUUCAAGCAGCAGAAAUACCUCUCCGCCCCUGAGAGGGAACACUUAGCCAGCAUGAUACACCUCACCCCGACUCAGGUCAAAAUCUGGUUCCAGAACCACCGCUACAAGAUGAAACGCCAGGCCAAAGACAAGGCUGCGCAGCAGCAGAUGCAACAGGAGAACGGCUCUUGCCAGCAGCAGCAGUCUCCCAGAAGGGUGGCAGUGCCAGUGCUUGUAAAGGAUGGCAAGCCCUGCCAAGCAGGCUCCAACACACCCACAGCAGCGAUCCAGAGCCAUCAGCAGCAGGCAGCUACAACAAUCACAGUGGCUACCAAUGGCAACAGCCUCGGACAGCAUCAGAGCCACCAGACAAACAGUGCGGGGCAGUCUCCUGACAUGGGACAGCACUCGGCCAGCCCUUCGUCUCUGCAGAGCCAAGUCUCCAGUUUGUCUCACCUAAACUCUUCUACUUCUGACUAUGGCACUGCCAUGUCUUGCUCCACCUUGCUAUACGGUAGGACCUGGUGAAAGGAUUAAACAAAGCAAAACAAAAAAAAAAAAGGAAAAAAAAAAAGAAAGCAGAUAUUCCCAGUCACGCAAAUCUCUGUCCUGUCCAAACUGCUGGGUGUUUUUCUUUUCUUUCUUUUUUCUUUAUUUUUUAAAGCUUUUUUUUUUUUUCCAUUUUACUGAGUGGUUCUCUGAGGACCCAUAAGAGAGAAAGGGAGAGAGAGUGACUUAAUUUUUUUGGUUUCGUUUUGUUGUUGCUGUUGAUGGUUUUGGGUCUUUUUUUUUUUUUUUUUUUUUUCCCAAGGUUAUUGUACGGGGUGUUAAAAAAAUUCUGACUAAUAACCACGGAGCAGUCUGCAGAAAGGGGACCAUCGUUAGGCAUGGUCUGAAGACUUGGAUUUCAAAUGUACACUUCGCCAGCGUCUAGGACUUGCAUGUAAAUAUAGAGAUUUUGGGGGAUGGGGUGGUUUUCCCCAAAAAAACAUUCGCGUCACCCAGACACAAGAAGCAGCUUCCCCCCUCCCCCCGGUCUCCUCUCCCAGCCCCGCCGCCAGGGCCAGCGGAUGGAGACGUGGAGUCAUCAAAGGCUUGGCUUUUAUUUUCCUCCUUACGUUUGAUGUGAACCUGUAGCUGUAUAAUGCUGUCAAAAGUUGGACUAAACCCAUAGUUUUUAGUAGCCUGUAUAUUUUGUU